UAAUUUGCAAGUGCAAGUGUGGUGUUGGUUUCUAUUCAUGAAUUUCCUAUAAUUUAUUUGUAGUGCUAUUGAAAGCAUUUAAUCGUACUUUAUCCUAGUUCUGUGUCCAUGGUACUCCAUAUUCAAUCAUGAUUUGUGCCAAGUUAUUCUUAAUUUUGUCAUUUUUUGUGCUGAUGGACUGCAAAGACCCAAGAACUGCCUUGUACAUGGACAAUGGUUUUGACCAAACCACUGUUUAUCCCUUGUCGAGACAAGAAAAACGUGAGGUAGAGCAUGAAAUAUUGAAUCUUCUUGGAUUAUCCGCGAGACCACGCCAUGUAACAAACUCUACACUGAAAGGUGGCUCAGCACCCAGAUUUCUUCUUGAUGUUUACAAGUCUAUGCUGGACAAUCCUAGGUCACGGAGUACACGCAGCGAAUUCAAUCUUGGAGGCAGAGACUUACAGUCAAUUGAUGAAAGUGACGUGAUCAUGAGUUUCUCUAGUUUAUAUCAUCAUGUGAGUGGUGUGCGCCAUGAAAGAGGUAAACGUCUAUGGUUUGAUGUAUCAGAGGUCCCUGCGGGUGAAACCAUUGUCGGCGUGGAGUUGAGGAUUUAUCAAAUGACCAAUGUAUCGAUAAAACCUGUCACUGGUUUGGUCGUCACACUUUAUCAAGUUCUUGACACUGAUGGAGAGCGGGAAUUGGAGGUGGUUGAUUCUGUAAACACUACAAGCAGCAAUGAAGGUUGGUUACUUUUCAAUGUCACGAGAGCUUUCGCCUCUUGGGUAGCAAUUCCUUCCUCUAACAAGGGUCUGUAUUUGUCGGUUCAUCUGAACACUAGAAAUGCUCAUGAAAUGCGAACGGAAGAGGCAGGUCUGGUCACAACAGCCACUCCUGGAAGUGAAGAAAGGCAACCAUUCAUGGUAGCGUUUUUCAAAGCCAAGAAUCCCGAAAAGCGUGUCCGGAGCCGGCGAACUCGAGAGGCAGAAAGGCGAAGACGGAAGAAGUCAAAUGAUGAAAGCUCUUAUCCUCACAAUCCUCUUCUAAGCACUGCUCAACACCUUUCAGCUAGAAGUUGUCAGUUGCAGACGUUGUAUGUCAGCUUUCAAGAUUUGGCUUGGCAGGAUUGGAUCAUCUCACCGGACGGGUAUGGGGCCUCCUAUUGUAGCGGAGAAUGCAAUUUCCCACUUAAUGCUCACAUGAACGCAACAAACCAUGCAAUAGUGCAAACUUUAGUGCACCUCAUGUCUCCUUCAAGUGUGCCGAAACCGUGUUGUGCUCCAACAAAAUUACAGUCAAUCUACGUCCUGUACCACACAGAUCCGUACAGUGUCACUCUGAAAAAGUACCAUAAUAUGGUCGUAAAAAGCUGUGGCUGUCAUUGAUUCUCAUUUUUUACCAAAAGACUUUUAAAUUGACACGAAAUGAAGGAACCUUGAAAACUUCUUGUCAUCCGUUCAAAACUCUUUUUACUGAAAUUAUUGCAUAAUAUUUUACAAACGAAAGUUAGUGGCCGGUGGUAAAUUUCUAUUAGUUUGUAUAGAUGUAUUUUGUUUGAUGUAACAAGUCAGAACAGUUCGUAACAAUCAUAUUUUGUUUGGAUUCAGAUUCUGAUAAGGGGAUGUGCCCUAUUUUAACUUGAAUCAUUUUUGCACAAUCUAGCAAUAUUAUCGCAACAUUGUUACAGAACCAUCAUAAUACGCUUGAAACACGUCAUGACAAAAGUGUGACAUUUGUUAACAGGAUUUUUAACCGCAUUCAUAACUUCUCCGCUCUCAUUGGUCAUGUGCGAGUGACACAAAUAUCACAAAAUUUUCAACAGAAAACAAUUGUUGCACCGAACAAAAUACGUCCAUUAUUUUAAGAUGUUUCAGUUUUUCCAUUCAAUCGAGGUGAUUUAAUGGAAUUAAGUAGUUAAGUAUUUUAUAUGUCAAAGAACAAAAGCUGUGAGACACACCAGUCAAUAAACACAAGUUGGUGAUCAUACAAUCGUAGCCAAGAUGAUGCCAUGACUGCAUUACCUAGAGUACUCUCACGUAGAGGGAAAAAUCUCACAUGGAGCAUAGUUUCCCUCCUGGAGCUAUGCUGUCUGGUGCAACACUAUGCACAUCCAAUCAGAGAGCAGCUGUAGACGUGUACCACGCCUGAUUGGACCCACCAUCAGUACAGCGCAGCUUUCUUAUUUUCUUCUUCCACCCUUUGAUGGUAAUACUCUGCAUGAUGCAUAGUCAUGACGUCACCUUGGCCAUGAUCUUAUGAUCACCAACUUGUGUUCAUUUUGUAUGAAUAAUUUCAGUUGUAAACUGGUGUGAUGGUUGACUUAUCAAUGUAAAAUGACCAGAAUCAAAUUGGUUCGUUCGAUUUUCAACGCUUCUAGGAAGGGGCCUGUUUUAAGUGUUCUGAGACUUGGCUUACCGCCGGCCUUACGAAAUAAAUUGACUUUACAAUUUAAGAUGUAUUUUAUUCAAAUAUUAAUGUGCAUUUAUCAGCACCAUCAAUAUUAAUUCCUUCAUAAGAGGUUGUAUUUGUUUUCUUUGAAACUGUAGAACACAUUGAAUGAUAUGGUCCCUCAAUCGGUCUGUCUCAUUUGAACUUUAACUAUUUGUACCAGCAAAGACUAAGGAAAGUUCAAAGAUUUUAAAAUUUUGAUAGCCAACGAACCAAAAAAUUACUUUGUACAAGCACACAAAACAAAUUGGAUCAAUUAGCUGUGGGUCUCUCCAAGUCUUUUCUGUGACACUUUUUUUAAGGGUUUUUUUUUUUUUUUUUUUGAACUCUUUGUAUUGUCCGAAUGUUACUCGUGUUGCUAAUAAUUUUUCUUUUUAUUCUAUGUACUUAGUUCUUGCACUUCAAAGCCUUUACUCGUCAUCAUUUUUCUUGGAAUGAGACAAUGUUUUGUAACGCAACAGCUACACAUUGAAUCUCAUCCGUAGGGGGCUGCUUAGAAUAUACUCACUGCUGUUACGGUGAAUCAUUCUGUCUACCUGAAGAAUCUUUGUCCAAGAAGCAUGUACUAUAUCUCUGCACGGGUUAUUUCAAUUUUUAAAUAUCAUUAUGACUAAUUUAAAAAAAAAAAAAAAAUGAUUGAGGUGAAAUUAAGUGCACCCCAAUAUUGGUGGUUAUUUUUGUAUACAUCGACCUUCAUUCUCAGGCUGUGCAAUUUUUUUUUAUUCAUAUACUUAUGAAAAAUCUUUCAGUGAACUAAAUAUUUUUUAUAGUACCAUUUGUAUACUUUUUUAUAAGUUUAGGAAAAUCAAGAGCUUUUUUCUUUAUAAAUUGUCAAUUAAGGUUCUUAAAAAAUGUCUAACUGUAAUCCUUAGUCUUCAGUCAACCGUCAGAUUUUUUUUACAAAACCAUCCAUGUUUAAUUAUUUGAUUGAGAAAGGUUUCAUCAAUAUAUUCGUCAAUCAGCUUGACUUUUUGCACUAUCCUAGCUAAAAAAUGUUGUAACAAUUUUAUUUUCUGUUUCAAAAUCGAGAGAAUAUAAACUUCCUUGACAAAGCCUUUAUUAAGCACUUGAUUCUGCAAUAAUUUCUCUAUCUACAAGAUGUUAUUAUUGCCGUGUUAUAACAAUUUUAGGGUAUUACCUGAUGCCUCUUCAAACUUUUCAUAUUAUUGAACCUUUAUUUUUGUAGAAUUCUGUGAAAUUGUGCUUUAACUAUUUCCUAAGGUCUUUCAAGUACCUGGGAAAAGAGUGGCCUUGAGCUUGACAAAAAAAAAACAUUAAAAUAGUAUCCUAUCAAAGUCUGUAAGUUAUGAAGUGCCAUGGUGAAUUUAUCGAUGCAGAGAUUUAUAUGGAUAUUAUUUAAUAAACUUGUAAAAGAGGGGGCAAUCUCUGGACCAGAAUAAUUAUCGCUAUGAAAUUUAAUGAAACUGAACCAUUUUAUGGAUCCACCUAUUUUCAGCCAUGGUCAUUUUUGUCUAUAAUAUGUAUUCUCAGUCUUCAUUACGAUGCGUUGAUUGACUUAAGCACAUCGGGGGAAAAUUUGGUUUUGUUUUUACGCUAACAAAAUGUUUCAUUAAAAAAUUAUUUUAAUAUAAUAUUAUUUUCAUAGAUCUCUAAGUCAGACUUUUUUUACUCUGUCUCUCUUCUCUUGCAUUGAAAUUUUUCUUUGAUUGAGAUUUUUGCCUUAUACUUAAAAAACUAAUUUUAGGAUGAAACAUGACACUAAAUUUUCUAAGAAAAACCAUUUUGCAUUUUUUAUGUGUCAGAUCAACCUCUGUACUCAGCUUUAAGUGGAAUAAUAAAUGUGAAACCUCUGAAUUGUAAUUUUUGGAAAGAAUUUUCAGAAAGUGUUUAUUGCUCUGUUAAUGCGUUACAGCUGUCAGGAUGUCAUUACGAAUAUAAUUAUGUUUAUUAUAUCACUCAUAGCAAACAAAUUUUCAACAUGAAUCUAGUUUCUUCCAAAUUUGAGCAAGGUUGAACAUUGUUGAAAAGAACGGAUAUGGUACAUCGUAAGGUGCUGUUUCUAAAUUAAUUUAUUUUAAAAGCUUAAAGGUAUUAUCAAAAGCAUAGGUAUAUUGUACAUUUACAAAUGAAAAUUUCAUUAAAUGUGUGCCAUUAUAAAUGGUGAAAAGAAAGUGCCCUAUUUUAGGAGAUGCAAGGCUGAUAUAUGAAUGUAAUUUAGUCGUUAAGUCCCAGUGCAUCAAGGAUCUUGAAGGUCUCUUCUGAAAAAAUAAUAUUAGUGCCUUAUUAGAAAUUAAUAGAUCUGAACUUGUGUUAACUGCCUUUACCUCUACCCACAUACUAGGUCACUUAAAUCUAUGGUUAUUGCAACAGCUCACAAGUACCUAUUUAAAAGGAUUUGAAAAAAUCAAAAUGACCAUCUCAUAGACCAUGAGUUGGAGUUCUCUGCUUAUUUAAAUUAUUUAAAGUUUUCGUAUUCUCUCUCUGUAAUAAAAGUAAGCUUCCCAAAGAAUGUUUUGUCUUUAACGCAUUCCAGUCUGAAGCCCAAUUCACACAAUUAAACUUGUCAUGCAACUCUUUUUCCUCUUUUGUUGUUGAGAAGUUGAAUCUAGUGGGACUGAGGCAAUAACACAACAAUUUGAUGAAAAGUUGAAUGGAAACUUGAAUGUGAUGUCACCUUCAACUUUUCAUUCAACAUUCUAUCGCAUUGGCUCUGCUAAUUUGAAAAAUCCUCUGACCGACAUUAGCCGAAGCUGUAUUUUUUCAAACCAAAAGCUACGGAGGUACCCAAAUUCCAUUAGAUGAUAUCACACGGCAACAGCAGUUGAAUCAAAUUUAGUACAUUUCAACAUUCAACUUUUCGUUGGCUUUUAAUUGAUGAAAAGUUGAAUAGUAUAAAUGGGGCUCAAGUCAGCAGAAUCUUUAAAAGUGUAUGAACUCAGAAAUUAUCCUCCUCUGCAGCUGUAAUUUCUAUCAAUUGUUUUUCUCUCACUCAACUUCUCUGAUGAUUCCGAUGAUCUCAGGACUUUCAGUAGCAUCAGUAUUAGUUGGAUCAAUCAUGUGACCAUUUUAUUUUACUUUUAAUCUUUUUCUUUUUAGGGAGCCCUCUUACAUUAUUAUAAUUAUUGCACUUCAUCUAUUCAGAAGUAUGGAAUAUGAAAGUGAAUCCACCCUUUUUGCAGAAGUUUCAGUUAGACUUUAAGUAGUGCUUUGUAUAAUUAUCAUUUUCUACGAAUGUGCCUUUUCAGUACCUACUUUUUGUAAAUAAAUGUAAAUGUAUUUUCUAUUUCUCUACCAA